AUGAGCCAAAACUACCUGUCCAAGAACGAUGAACUCCGCAGGGGAGAUUAUAUAAUUUCUAAUAACCGAGAGUUCAAAGCUGUGUUCCAGGACGACGGAAACUUUGUCAUCUACGGAUGGAAGCCCAUUUGGUCCUCUGAUACGGCGUCUUCAGAGCCCCACCGUUUAUGUAUGCAGGCCGACUGCAACUUCGUCAUGUACAAGAAGAACGGUCAUCCCAUAUGGAACACCAAAACCUAUGAAUGCAGAUCUAACAUGUGCCGUGCCCACCUAAAGGACAACGGGUUCCUGGUGUUGGAAACGGAAAGUGAGGAGAUCUGGACCUCUGAAAGCUCCAAAGGCAUGAAGAAUUGA